AUGUCGACAAAUGAUUCAAAAUUAUUUUCAUCAAUUAAAUAUUUUACAACUGGUUUUCGUGAUCCAACACUUGAAAGUAUAUUUAAACAAAAUGGUGCUAUAAGAUCAUUUUAUUUAACUGAAACAACCACACAUGUCAUAUGUGAUGAUUUUGACAGUAAUAAAAGUGAAUUAGAACAAGCUAUUGAAAUAUAUCAAACACCAAUUGUUAAUUCAAAUUGGAUAACAUCAUGUUUAAAAUGUAAUACAUUAUUACCAAUUGAUCCAUUUCGUAGUGUUGAUAGUAAUAAUACUGAACAUUUAUUUCGUUCAUGUACAUUUUCGAAUGCUAAUUUAUUAAAUGAAGAUCAUAAUAAAAUAUAUGCAUUAGUUACUUAUUAUGGAGGUCGAUGGACAACAAAUUUAGAUGAUCCUAAUUGUACACAUAUUAUUUGUGCAUCAGCAUUAUCAAUAAAUAAUACUGAUGAUGAAAUAAUAAAUAAUCAUCGAAAUAAUGAUGAACGUCUUCAGAUUGCAUAUGAAAUUCAAUCUGAAAAAAUUCAUUUAAUAACACCAGAUUGGAUUAUUGAUUGUUUAAAUACUAAUCGUUUACUAGAUGAAGCUGAUUAUCAUCCUGAUUUAUUAAGAGAUCCAAAUGAACCAAUGGAUGUUGAUGAUGAAGAAUUAGAUGAUGAACAUCACAAUAAUCAAUCAACAGAUGAACAUACGCCAACAAAAACAAUUACUAGUGCACAUCGUUCACAACUUAUAACAAAAAAUUUUUUUAAUCAAUCUGAUCAAACAACACCUCCACCAUCAGCCGAGCCAGUAUCAGGAAUACAUGAUGGUAGUAAUCCUCCAGAUUCAUCUGAUACUUCUCAAACAAAAGUCUUUGCACCAAAACGAGCUCGUACUAGAACAACACCACGACAGCGUAAUACAAAAAUUAAUUCAACAACAAAUAAUAGUUCACAUACAAAUCAAAAUGGUCAUCCCUUAACAAGUAAAGAUGGAAAUAUUUCAACAUUACCUAUUGAAGAAAAAUUAAUUCGUCCAUCAAUAUCAGCUAAUCUACCAAAUAAUAAAACAAAUUUACAAUUAUCACGUCAUCCACCAUUAGAAACACUUUCAUAUGAAUUAAAUUAUUGUCUACAAGAUAAACAUGAACUUGUACCAGCAUCACAAUGUUUACUCGGUUGUGUUAUUUAUAUUGAUGAACGUGAAUAUAUUUCAAUUGUAUCAAAAGAUGAUUUAUCAACAUGGUCAAAAACAAUAACAGAUCAUGGUGCUAUAGUAACUGAUGAUAUUAACCUUGUUAAUUUAACACAUUUUGUAUGUGCUUAUCGUACAAGUGAACGUUUUCGACAAGUAUGUAAACGUGGAACUGUUCGAAUGGUUACAGCGCAUUGGCUUAGUGAUGUAUUACAACGAAAAAAACUUUUUGUGCCAAAUUUAGCUAUUCAUUAUCCAUCACCAUUCGAACCGAAUGAACCAGACAAAUUACCAUUAGCUAAAUAUUUUUUUACAAUGACUGGUUUCGAAGGAAUUGAGCGUGCUCGUCUUCGGUAUAUGAUACGUUCACUAGGAGGUAAAUAUUCUGGUCAUUUAAGUAAAUGGCAUACACAUUUAUUAGCACGUGAAAAUGGAAAAACAAAUAAAUUUAAAAAAGCUUUCGAGUGGUCAAUACCUAUUGUAAAUGGUUUAUGGUUAUCAGAAUUAUAUUUAGGGAAUACAUGUGCUCUUAAACAACCAAUAGAAGAACGUUAUAAGCGUUUAAAUGGUACACCACCAAUAGAUCAUUUUUCAUUUGAUCAAAUUUUUGUUCACGAUUUACUUCUACCAUGGUCACAACCUAUUCGUAUAACCGAUGAAAUGCUUAAUUUAUCUAUACGUCGUCAUAAUGAACAACAACAUUUAUUAUCACACCUUCCAGAUAUGGAUACAGAUAAUCAUUAUAUUAAAAACUCAUAUCAUUAUAAUGAACCUAUACAUUCAACAAAUCAGUCAACAAUAAAUAAUAAUGAAACAAUAUCAAUAAUGCUUAGUGGUUUUAAUAUGAAAACAUUAAAUUAUUAUGAAACCAUAAUUAAAUCUUUAGGUGGUAAAAUAUCGACAUUACCACAUAAUACAACACAUUUAAUAAUGAAUAGAUUUUUACGUACAGAAAAAUUGUAUGAAUGUAUAAAUUAUGUAACAUAUAUAUUAAAUAAAAAUUGGUUAGAUAAAUCUUAUGAAGAGAAACGUUUUUUAUCAAUAGAAGAAUCAGAUUGGAUACAUGAUCAAGAAUUUAAAUCAAUAGAAAAUUUCUUUAAACAAUCAAUAGGUAGACGUAUACAUCGUCAAAAUCGACCAUUAUUUAUAGGUUAUACAUUUUUUUUAACACCAAGUAUACAACCAUCACAAAUAAUAAUUAAAUCAAUUAUUUAUUCAGCUGGAGGACAUGUACGUCGAGAAUUUCCAACAAUAAAACGCUUAAUAACAUAUAAUGAACAAACUAAAUUACCAAAUUGUUUAAUUUUAUCAUGUGAUCAAGAUAAAUUAUUGUUAAAAGAUUUACAUACAUAUAAUAAUACAGAUUUUCAAAUUAAAAUUUUAUCAAUUGAUUUUCUUCUUCAAAGUAUUUUACACCAAGAAAUACUUAGUUUUGAUUCAUUUAUUAUCAAAAUAUAA